AGAGGAUGUUUUGGUAAACUUGCUUUGGCGGGCUGAUUUUGCUAAUAAUGCUACAGGAACUUAUUCAAUAUAGCAUUGUGAUCUUUUCAUCAUUAAUUUUGGUUUACUGUAUAUCUACGUUUUCAUUUGAAGAACUAACUGCUCUUUUUAUACCAAUUGGUAUCUUUUACGCCUUUGUUUUAUCUGGCUUAUUUCUUAUCGUAGUAAUUCUUGGCGACUUCUUCUAAUAUUAAUUAACCGAGUUUCCUCGACACUGUACUGACAGCUCCUGCGAACGGAGGGAUAUGGGACUAUGAGUACAAACUCUCCAGCCCAGUUUGUUCCCAGCACCCCGAAAUUUGGAUACAACACGGAUGACGCACACGCCUGCUCAUCUCCCGUGGCAGUUGUACCAAGUAUGCAACGAUCUCUGGAUAGAACGAUAGAUUCUAGCGAUGCAGCAGUGCCCAGAACUCCUGUUUCAGAACCAAUAUCGUCAAGAACCCCAAACCAUUUCAGAGUAAAUGCACUGCGUCAAACACCCAUCUCUCGUUAUGCUGGCAAGUCUGAGAAUCUUGCUGAACAAGAGGUACCUUCUACACCUAAAACAUCUCAAAAUAACGUUUUCCAAUCACCCACAAUAGUUGCUGCAGUAACGGUGUCCAAUGCCAGUAGAGCUGAGCGGCCCUACAGCUCUAAACGUCAACCUCGCCGCAUCCUGCCUCCAGCACAAUGCAGAGAUCACCACACUCUCAACCUGUUUAGUGGAGACAAUAUUUUCUCCUAGAAACUAGCACUGUGUAUCGGAUUUAACGAACAAUAAAUAUAAGUGCAUAAGUAAAUUAUAUGGAUAUUAAACUGGAUUUUUAUCAUC